AUGCCCGAUCUUGGUGACGCGGAAACAAUCCGCAUUCUCGUUGCAACCGACAACCAUGUCGGGUACAACGAACGAGACCCCAUCCGGGGUGAUGACAGUUGGAAGAGUUUCCAUGAGGUGAUGUGCCUAGCCCGAGAGCGUGAUGUCGACAUGGUGCUCCUCGCAGGCGAUCUCUUUCACGAGAACAAGCCUUCUCGAAAAUCAAUGUACCAAGUAAUGCGCUCGAUCAGGAUGAACUGUCUGGGCGAUAAGCCCUGUGAGCUGGAAUUGCUCAGUGACGCCAGCGAAAACUUCCAAGGGGCGUUCAACCAUGUGAAUUACGAAGAUCUUGACAUCAAUGUGGCUAUUCCUAUCUUCUCUAUCCAUGGCAACCAUGAUGAUCCCUCCGGAGAGGGCCAUUUGGCGGCGUUGGACAUACUCCAGGUUUCCGGACUACUCAACUAUUAUGGACGGACGCCUGAGUCCGAUAACAUUCAGGUGAAACCGGUCCUACUUCAGAAGGGCCGGACCAAAUUAGCAUUGUACGGUAUGAGUAACGUCCGAGAUGAACGAUUAUUCCGUACAUUCCGCGACGGAAAGGUCAAGUUCUACCAGCCUUCGGUUCAGAAAGAGGACUGGUUCAACUUGAUAUGUGUCCACCAGAAUCACCACGCUUAUACAGAGACUGGAUACCUCCCUGAAAACUUUCUCCCGGAGUUUCUUGAUCUCGUAAUCUGGGGCCACGAACACGAGUGCUUGAUCAAUCCUAAAUUGAAUCCUGAAACCAAAUUUCACGUCAUGCAACCGGGGUCUUCUGUGGCGACAUCACUCGUUCCCGGAGAGGCAGUAACAAAACAAGUGUCUAUCGUCAGUAUCACCGGGCGCGAUUUCAAAUGCGAGCCUAUCCCACUGAAGACCGUGCGACCCUUUGUCAUGAAAGAAAUUGUCCUCUCAGAAGAGAAGGGGGCUCAGAAGUUGGCUCGGAAAGAAAACAACCGCACUGAAGUCACCCGUUUUCUAAUGACGAUCGUUGAGGAGCUCAUAGAACAAGCGAAGGCUGAAUGGCUGGCAAUGCAGGAAGAUGUGGAAGAAGAAGAGGAGUUAGAGGUGCCCUUGCCACUAGUGAGACUGCGUGUGGAGAUCUCCACACCAGAGGGAGGUAGCUAUGAUUGCGAGAAUCCUCAGCGGUUUUCCAAUCGUUUCGUAGGCAAGGUCGCAAAUGUGAACGAUGUUGUACAAUUCUACCGGAAGAAAAAGAACGCAGCAAACCGCAAGAAAGAUGAUGACGUCGAUGCAACCGCAGUCUCCCAACUCUCGACGCUGGACACGGUGAAGGUUGAACAAUUGGUGCGCGAAUUCCUCUCCGCCCAAUCGUUGAGCAUUCUUCCACAGAAUUCAUUCGGGGACGCUGUGGCCCAAUUCAUCGACAAAGACGACAAGCACGCCAUGGAGAUAUGGAAGACAUGUUCUCUCGAGGCAUCAAGAAGAGGUCACGAGGGAAGAAGCGAUUCAAGCCUAAACCAGAUGGCUGGGACAGUGAAUUCGACGGCGUCUGGGAAGACCAACCCGGAGCGCUGA